AUGCCUCAAUCAAAGCAGCAGAAGAAAUUCGAGAAGAAGCAUCUAAAAGAUGUGCUCGAGCGACGCAAGGGCUUGAAAAAGGUCAAGCAGCGACAGCAGAUCAACGCGAAAAAGAAGGCCAGACGCGCAGAGGAAGAGGGUCGCCCUGCGCCUGGCGAGAAACAUGGCGACGAGGUGAAGAAGGAUGUGCGCAAUGGUAAGAAGGCUGGCGAGGACAAGUUCAAAGACAUGAGCGUGGACGAGUUCUUCCAGGGAGGCUUCGAGGUACCCGAGCUACCCCAGGAGAAGGGCAAGAAGAGAAAGAGAGAGGCGCCGAAGGAGCAGCAGGAGGAGAGCGGCAGUGAAGGUUCGGAUGUGUCCUUCGAGCAAGCGCCUGUGUCUGCUAGACUGGCCGACGGCGGCGACUCGGGGUCGGAGGAUGAUGAGGAUUUGGAGGGCCACAGACAACAGCUUGAUGCGCUUGCGGAGAAUGAUCCUGAGUUCCACAAGUAUCUUCAGGAGAACGAGCCGGAGCUGCUGGGCGGAGAGCUGGAAGGCGUUGAAGCACUGAGCGAGGAAGAAGAGGAGGCGCCGAAGCGGAAGAAGCCCAAAAAAACCGCUCCCGCAUCAGACGAGUCGGAAGACGAGGAGGUGGACGGUGCUCGCAAGAACGAGCUGACGAAAGCUAUGGUGUCGAAAUGGAGGACCGCUAUCACCAAGGAGCACUCGCUUCGUGCUGCAAGGGAAGUGGUGCUGGCCUUUCGCGCCGCAGCACACGUCUCGGACGAGGAAGACGAUCUACAAUUCAAAUACUCCAUCUCCGACCCUGCAGUAUACCACGAAUUGCUCACGCUCGCGCUCAAGCAUAUCCCGGAUGUCUUCCAGCACCAUUUGCCCGUGCAGGAGAGCAAGAGCGGGAAGGUGCACGUUUCGUUGGAGAGCAAGAGGUUCAAGACCCUCGGACCGCUGCUGAAGAGCCACGUCGCCAGCAUUAUGCACCUCCUGGACCACCUCAGCGAUGCUUCGACACUUCGCAUGACGCUGAGCUCGACGCUGCCGCUUCUCCCGUACUUGCUGUCGUUCAAAAAGCUUGUGCGCAACCUGGCAAAGGCCGUAACGAACAUCUGGUCGUCUUCGUCGAACGCAGAAGCGACGCGUAUUGCGGCGUUUCUCGUACUGCGCCGUCUUACCACAAUCAGCGAUGCUGGCAUCCGAGAGAACGUGCUCAAGACAGUAUAUCAAGGCCUCGUCAAAGGGUCGCGCAACACCACGAUCCACACUGUUCAGGGCAUGAACCUGAUGAAGAACUCUGCUUCCGAGCUUUGGGGUCUCGUUGACCCUGCCGUUGCCUACACCACCUCCUUCACCUUCGUUCGUCAGCUUGCCAUCCAUCUCCGGACGAGCAUCCACAACACCGCGAAAGAAGGGUACAAGAAUGUCUACAACUGGCAAUACGUGCACAGCCUGGACUUCUGGUCUCGUGUCCUCUCCGCCCAUGCCAUCGACCCGGCCUCUAACAUGCGCCCACUCAUAUACCCUCUGGUGCAAGUCACGCUCGGCGCCCUCCGCCUGAUCCCCACCGCUACCUACUUCCCGCUCCGCUUCCACCUCAGCCGCUCGCUCCUCCGCCUCUCCCGCACCACCAACACCUUCAUCCCCCUCGCGGCGCCCCUCUACGAAGUCCUCACGUCGGCCGAAAUGCGCAAAGCGCCCAAACCCUCCACCCUCAAACCCCUCGACUUCAGCGUCAGCAUCCGCGCUCCCAAGGGCUAUCUCCGCACGCGCGUCUACCAGGACGGCGUCGGCGAGCAGGUGCAGGAGCUGCUGGGCGAGUUCUUCGUGCUGUGGUGCAAGAACGUUGCGUUUCCCGAACUCUCGUUGCCGGUCAACGUGGUGCUGAAGCGCUGGUUGAAAGACGUCAACCGCCGCGCUCCCGGGGAGGGGAAUAAGAACCAGAAGGUCAACGGGAUGAUCCAACUCCUCGUGCAGAAACUCGAAGCGAAUGCGCGGCACGUGGAGGACAAGCGAGGGAAGGUGGAGUUUGCGCCGAACGAUCGCACGGGCGUCGAGGGGUUUUUGCAGGAGGUGGGGUGGGACAAGAUGCCGCUGGGGGCUUUUGUGGGGACGUUGAGGCGGCAGAGGGAGGAGAGGGAAAAGGUUGCUGAGGAGGCGAGGAGGGAGGAUGAGCGGAGGAGGAGUAGUGGUGAUAAAGAGAAGAAGGGUGAGGAGGUGGGGAGUGAGAGUGAGAGUGAGGAGGAUGAGAUGGUGGAUGGAAUUAGUGAGGACGAGGAUGAGGUGAUGGUUGAUGGGGUGGGUAGUGAAGACGAGGAGGAGGACUGA